AUGCCUGCACCGUCGCCUACUAGGCAACCGGAGCUUAUCCUCGUAACCUUGAUGCGAAUGCUUCCAUAUUCAGUACUAGGACUUCUACGAUUGGCUCCGAUCCGAGAAAUACACGUGCAGACGCCAGAAGGUGAUGGAGAUACAGUCAAUAUCCUUGCGGGAGCGUGCUUAGCAGGUAAAAUGCAGGAUGAUGAAAUUGAAGCACAGCUAAUGUUCACUUUCGUCACUGCUGAGCACGAGACAUCGAGCACUAGUAUAUCAUGGUUACUUUACGAACUCGCUGUGCAUCCUGAGUAUCAGUCCAGAAUUCGUGCAGAGCUCAAACAAUCAAACGACUACAACUCGAUGCCGUUUUUGGACGCAGCUAUCAAAGAGUCUCUUCGUCUACACCCAAAUGUGCAUUCCUUAAUGCGUACCGCUCCUCAUGAUGACAUUCUGCCUCUCUCCGAAGGGAAGACACUCGUGGUACCUAAGGGGCAAACAUUUACUUGUUCUGUUUACCUGUACAACUGUCUUCCAUCUCUCUGGGGAGACGACGCGGAAGGGUGGAACCCGGCUCGAUUUUUUAACACGACUCUGUCUGUAUCUCUGGGAGUGUAUGCUAAUUUGAUGGCAUUUGGUGCCGGACCUCGUUCAUGCAUCGGGUGGCGAUUUGCGAUCAUGGAAACGCAAACAAUCCUAUCCAAUCUAAUUCUACACUUCGAGUUCAGUUUACCCGAGGGAGGUGUUAAGAUACUGCAGUUCCCUGGGUCGCCGGCUGUUGUACCUAUUGUGAAGGGGAAAGCACAUCUAGGAUCUCAGCUACCCUUAAGGGUGAGAGCUUUAACGUGA